UGACAGUGACAGCCGACGAUUUCGUCGCUCGACCGUCGCUCUCCCAUUAUCAGAACAAAACAAUUGUUUGUCAUAUUUAAUAAUAUUAUCUCAAUUCUCAUGUAUUGAGUUUCUUAUUUAUAUCCUCUUAAAAAAUGCUACGAUUUUGCUUGCAUAAAUCUAUAUCACUUACUAGAUCAACAAAUCAACAUAAUCUAUAUAACCAAAAAAGUGCACUCAAAACGCUCUCGAUUCUUCACAGUAAAUUAGCUCGGAAUUAUUGUAGUAAGCAAUCAGAAGAACAUGAAGAAAAGAUCUACUAUGGUCCACUUACUCCUCAAAUAAAAGCUGUAAAAGUGUUUUCAUUAAGUUCGAGUGUUGCCGGGUUGAUGGCUCAACCAAUUAUCAUAAAAGAAGCCUCCGCGAUUGGUAGUACGUCGCUUCUUAUAGCGUUGUGCUCAGUAGUGGGCUUCUUCACUUUCGUAACACCUAUAUUAUUACACAUUAUAACAAAGAAAUAUGUAACAGACAUUGUUUAUAAUCCUGAUACUUCUACAUACACGGCAACCACAAUUAACUUUUUUCUAGCAAGAAAAGAGAUUGAAUUCAAACCAGAAGAUGUGCAGGUCCCAGAUAUUCCCGGUAUGUUCACAACAAUGAAUGCUAAAGGCAAGCCUCUGUUUAUUGAAGCAAAACAUUUCAGUAAUCCUUUACAUUAUGCCAAAAUCAUGGGCUAUGACAAACCUAUGGACUUCAAACUAGGCAACAUUGAUGAUCAUCCUGAAGACAGGAGUAAAGAGAAGUAGUUUAGGUUAUUGUACCUAGUUAUUUAGUUUUUUAAAUUAAAUUAUCAUGUUAAAAAAUAAUUUUCUUUAAGAACCCUAUUCCAAUUUUAUAAAACAUUUUUUUAUGAGUAGAAUUCUGUAAAACAAUGCAUAUUUAUAUGUGCACAAAUACAAUUAUUUUUAAAGAUUCUUUUGUGGAUAAAUCAUACAUUCAUAAAAUCAUGUCUUUUUGUUAUAGACCGAAAGGCCAUCUUUCUCUCUUCACAAAAUAGUUUACUGGAAAAUAUAUAUUAUAUAAUCAUUCAAGCUGUAAAAAAAUAAUAUUUGACUUACAUAUUUAUCAGAGGGAAAGAGAAUCAACACAUUCAAAAUAUAACUUAAUUUUUUAUUGUUAAUAUCAAUUCACUUAUUCUAGUAAAUUUCAUUUAACUAUAGGUGUACUAUUUAAAAUUUAAGCUAGGCUUAAAUAAUGGCAAAUAUAUCAAACUAUAUAAAAAAUGUUAAUAUUCAACAUUAAUAUGAAAAUAACAUCUUUUUAAAAAUAACAAUAGAUAUAUAUGUAUAUGGAAUGUUUUU